UUUGUUUAGUAAGUUAGAAGGAAACCUAAAAAGAACAUAAAGUUAUCCGGCGCUGUAAUUGCAAGGAAGUUGCUCAUCUUCCAAUGGCAAAUAAGCUCAGGUUAGAGGGUAAAGUAGCUGUAAUAACGGGUGGUGCAAGUGGCAUCGGUGAAGCAACUGCAAGAUUGUUCGUUCAACAUGGUUCCCGUGUCGUCAUCGCCGAUAUUCAGGAUCAACUUGCUCUCCAAGUCGUCUCCUCGAUCGGAACAGACAACGUCAGCUACCGACGUUGUGACGUAACCGAUGAGAAACAAGUCGAGGAAACUGUAGCCUACGCUGUCCAAAAAUACGGUACCCUCGACAUAAUGUUCAGCAACGCCGGCAUCCUCGGCUCCUUCGGGAGCAUUCUCGAAAUGGAUAUGACUGUGUUUGACAGGACAAUGGCUGUUAACACGCGGGGAGCCGCGUUAGCCGUGAAGCACGCGGCUAGAGUCAUGGUAGAUAAAAAAAUUCGCGGCUCCAUAAUAUGUACGGCAAGCGUAGAGGCUAUCCUAGCUGGUGCAGCUCCGUUAGCCUACAUCGCGUCGAAGCAUGCCAUCCUUGGAGUGGUGAAAGCGGCGGCGCGUGAGCUGGGGCAACAUGGAAUUAGGGUGAAUUGUGUAUCGCCUUUCGGCAUCGCCACGCCAAUGGUGUGUAAAUCGUAUGGCACCGAUGCCGCCAGGAUUGAAGCUGCUGUAUGUGGAAAUGCUAACUUGAAAGGUGUUUCUCUAAGCACGAAGCACAUUGCAGAAGCAGCUCUUUUCUUGGCGUCGGAUGAAUCGGCUUACAUUAGUGCUCAUAAUUUAGCCGUCGAUGGUGGACUUAGUUCUAUUAUGAAGCUAAAUCAAAAUUAAAUCGUGCACUACAUUGUUUCAAUAAAUGCUAACAAACAGCCUUGGUUGUAUUGUAUUGUGUUUUUAAUUUAAAACUUUAAAUAAAAUAUUUAAUCAUUAA